AUGCAAGCAAGACGCAACAGCGUGAUGCAGCGACGAAACAGCUACAUGCACGUCGGUGCCAAAGAAAGAUUGCGCGAAGAAGCGGAUCAGAACCAUAAGGCGGAUCAGCCAGACGUCGCCGAAGUGCAGCUGCCAAACGUACCAGAUCCUGGUCGCCGGACCUCCCGAGCUUCGAAUCGGCCAGGGAGUGCAGACGCGCGCCCUGGAACAGCGAAUACAGGGUUUACAGACACGAGCAAGAGGAGUCAGGACGAGGAGAAAGCCUACAAGGUGGCACAGGAGAUUGCGGCCGAGCGCAAAAGAAAGGAAGAGGAGGAAAAGAAGAGAAUUGCAGAGUAUGACUUGAAAGUGAAGAUGCGCGACAAAGGGAGCAAGGCGACAGAAAUUUACAAAGCGCUGAAGACGGACCCCCGAGACUUCAAGGGCCUCCGAAAACUGGUCCACGAGUUGAUCUCCUGGUGGGGCUUCGACACUGCCAUCGGCGUGGUUAUCAUGGCCAAUGCCAUCACCAUCGGUUUCGAAACACAGGCCAAGUCGUCGCUGCCUUUGGGCUGCACCGACGCCUGCAUCUGUACGGAGCGCUUCGAACGUGGUUUGGCCCCGGAAGCUUGCACCGUACCUCCGGCUUGGACUGCCAUCGCAGACUACAUCUUCUAUGGCAUUUACGUGGUGGAGCUGUUGCUGCGCGUUGGCGUUUAUGGCGUCCUAGUCUUCAAGUCUGGAUGGGUCAAGUUUGACUGUUUCUUGGUGGUCACAGCAUCUUGCGACAUGAUCAUCAAGGCGGUUGAUUCAUCUGCCGUCUUGGACGAGUUCAACAUCUUCAUGCUGGUGCGCAUGUUGCGCUUGGCACGGCUAGCUCGUGCGGUGCGCUUGAUGGUCCAGUUCAAGACGCUCUGGCAGCUGGUCCAGGGUCUCUGGCAUAGUAAGGGGACGCUGCUGUGGACGUUCUUGCUGAUCAGCAUUCUCAUGUAUGUCGGCGCUGUGAUGGGCAUGGAGUUGAUACGACUGGAUCCCGAUCUCGAGCUGGAUCACCCCUUCAACAUCGCGGCAGGAAACCAUUUCAGGGACUUUUUCGAUGCCGUUCUGACGCUGCUACAAGUUUUCAGUCUCGACAGUAUCGGCAUCAUUUACAAGCCCCUGAUCAAGCAUCAGUUUUAUCUGCUGCUUUACUUCAUGUCUUUCCUGCUCCUGCUGUCCAUCGCGCUGAUGAAUUUGGUGACGGCGGUGAUGGUCAACUCGUCUUUGGACCAGGCCACACAGGACAAGGAAGCCUUAAAGGCUUGGGAGUCUGCACGGAGAGCCAAGCAGAUUGACCACCUGAAGGACAUGUUCCUCACUCUCGAUGAGGAUGGGUCUGGCGAGCUGACUCUCGACGAGAUCAACAACGCCCCAGAAGAGACGCAGCAGCAGCUGAAGGAGUCAUCUGCCGAGGGUGCGCAUAUCUCCAAAUAA